CCACUCAGAUUUUUUCUCUCUCUGACCUCUUAUCUCUCUCUCUCUCUCUCUGCGGGGGAGGAAUGGACUAUUCGCCACCGGAGAACCACACGAACGGCCCGGAGGCGGCGGAGGCGACGCCCCGCACGGCGUCCUCCGCCGCCCUCCGCCUCCUCCGCCUCCUCCGCGCCGACGACCCCGCGUCCAAGCUCCAGGCCGCCCGCGACAUCCGCCGCCUCACCAAGACCUCCCCGGCCUUCCGCCGCCAGCUCACCGACGCCGUCGAGCCCCUCGUCGCCAUGCUCCGCCUCGACUCCCCCGAGCUCAAGGACGCCGCCCUCCUCGCCCUCCUCAACCUCGCCGUCAAGGACGAAACUAAUAAGGUGAAUAUUGUGGAUGCGGGUGCUCUUGAGCCAAUUAUCAGCUUUCUCCAGUCAGAUGAUGUUGAACUCCAGGAGCAUGCAGCUGCUGCUUUGCUUACUCUAUCUGCUUCUUCCAUCAACAAGCCAGUCAUAAGCUCUUCCCGAGCCAUCCCUCUCUUAGCAGGAAUCCUGAAAUGCGGAACUCAACAGGCCAAGAUUGAUGCCUUAAUGGCUCUUUACAAUCUUUCGACACAUCCAGAUAAUCUCACUCUUAUCCUCAAAUCGGAUCCAAUUCCUUCCAUAGUGAACUUACUGAAAACCUGUAAAAAGUCAUCCAAAACUGCUGAAAAAUGCACUGCUCUUCUAGAAUCAUUGUUAAAUUUUGAAGACAGUAGAAUAGCGUUAACAUCUGAGGAAGGUGGAGUUUUUGCCAUAGUUGAUGUGUUGGAGAAUGGGUCCCUCCAGAGUCGAGAGCAUGCGGUCGGGGCUUUAUUAGCAAUGUGCCAGAGUGAUCGCUGUAAAUACAGAGAACCAAUCCUCAGAGAAGGUGUAAUUCCUGGUCUCCUCGAGCUCACUGUUCAAGGGACACCAAAGUCUCAAGGAAAAGCACACACUCUAUUGCGGUUGCUGAGGGAAUCUCCAUAUCCAAAAUCCGAUCACCAACCUGACACGCUUGAGAAUAUUGUCUGCAACAUCAUCUCUCAAAUCAAUGGAGAGGACCAGUCUGACAAAGCAAAGAAGAUGCUUGCUGAGAUGGUGCAAGUAAGCAUGGAGCAGACCUUGAGACAUGUACAGCAAAGGGCUCUGGUAUGCACACCCGCAGAUAUGCCCCUUGCCAAUUGUGCUUCUGAAGUUUCUUUGAAGUAAAAUCUUCUCCUGUAAUUAUCAUCUCCGGAUAAAUAUUUGUUGUAAAAGAAAAAUGUUCCUGUGAGAUAUGCCAGUCCUGGCCAUAGUGGUGGUAUCAGGUGACUGGUUGGAAUAAACUGAGAAGUGUAUCACAAUUCACAGUACAAGGUUGAAAUCAUAGUAAUUUUUCUGCUGUUUGUUUGUAAAGGUACUGUUGUAUAAAUGUUACACAGAUUGUAAAGGUUUCCUUGCCUUCUGUUUCCAAACUUCGUGGCUUCUUCUUGUUAUUGGCAAAAGAUAUGAACUUAUGAAAGAAGAAUAUCCACGAGUCUUCUCUCAA